UGUGAGCGUGCGCGAGCGCGCGAGUAGCAGCAGUGCGUCGUGGUUUCGGUUGGCUGGGAGGAAGAGGAAUAACGAAUGUGGGAGCCAAGAAGAAUUUCUCGUUGGUGAACGGCGCUGGGGCGAGAAGCGACCGAAUAGCCAUAGUAUUUUGGAAACCUAUUUACGGACUACACAUGUCUCCAAAGGGAAUAUAAGUUUCCCCUCACGCGUUCCUUGACCGGAUAAGAUCUGUCAUUCAAGUGACCUUUUAGCUUUGCUUUGUGAUGGGCCCAGAGGAUUAGGGAGGGUGUGUCUUUUCCUACGAAAGAAAUGAGUGUGGCAGGAGGAGGACGCAACAGCAGUCUGGAGCUUUUCCAUCCUUCCUCCCUGUCACUAAACCACAUCAGUCCAGGAUGCUCUCUCGCACACGACCCCUGCCCCACAUUUUGGCUCCAUGAACAUCUAUAGAGACACAGGGGUGUGUACCACCUCUCUCUCCCAACCUCUUCCCCCUCCCCACUUUCGUCUACCCCUCCAUAAUGGCCAGUCUUCACUGGGCGAUCCAUCCCCGCCCCGUGUUUCUGUGCCCAAAAUGGGGGUGCGAGCUCGGAUUGCUGAAUGGCCCCCUCGUAGGGCACUUUCACGGGAGUCGUUGCUUGAGAAUGGCCAGGGCAGUCAACAAGAUGACCUCAGCAGCAAGGAUGGGCUUGCACGUGGGGAUGUGACCAGGUUGCCACAGCAAAGUGCCAGAAAUGAUGACUUACUUGAAUCAGGAGGUCUGAUUGGGGCUCCAGGAACAGCCCCACGGUUUCUGACUCUGGAUAUCGCUCCAUUACGACAGCGCUCCAACAGCGAGAUUACAUUAAGUGAGCCAGAUGAAAUAGAGGUUGAAGGUCGGUUAUUCCGGGAAUAUGGCAGUACCUCUUCCAUCAAUGUACAGGCUGUGUCUGAGCAAAGCUUCUUUGACAUGCUCAGUCAGUUUCAACAGGAGAGACCAGACCAGCGCAGUACAGCCCCUGCCAAGCUUGGAGAGCUUCUUGGUGCUCCGGCUUCUUUAGAUGGACCAGCUACACAUGCCUACACGUCAGCUCCCUGCCCCGAGGACCGCCCCGAGAACCUCGUACGCAAAAAGAGCGGUGGCACUGAGUCUUCUCUUGGUUCCACCUUCUUAUUCCGCAAACUCCGCAGCACCAGCCGAGGUGAAACUGAGACUCCACGAGGUGACACAGAUGACAUACGACUCCCUGAGACAUUAUCUUCCAAACCUUGGCUUUGUGUGCGGAGUUUUGCCCACUUUGAUUCUCAAAGUGUUCUUUUUGACUUGCACGAGGCAGCAGCUCGCCGUAGCUACGCUGCCCAGCGGCGAAACACAGCCACCGGAGCCUCAGCUGCAUCUUCGACUGUUUCUUUGGCAGUUUCCAGAGCCAUUGCACUGGGGGGAGUAGAGCCCACAUUUUCCAGCACUGAUGACCUCAGUGUCAGGGACUUAUCAGAAGGAUCAACGCCAAGCCUGGAACACUCAGAACAGGGCACUUCAGCCAGCAGUAAACCCAAUUCUCAGCACCAGCUAUUGCUGAGCUGCCCGCACUUCCUUAAUGAGACUGGAAGCUAUGGGGAGCGUAAUGUCAGCUUCCUGAGCUCGUGGGCAGCGCGAGGAGAAACUGCAGUGGUGGAGGCCCGGUUGCAUCCCCGCUGCAGUAAUGCUAGUGUGUCCAAACUGGAGGCCCCACCAGAAAUUCAGGCCACCAGGUUAGAGAGACUGCAGCAGCAUUGCAUCGAGCAUGUUGACCUGGGUGCUAGAUACUACCAUGAGCACUUCUUUGGGAAAGAGCACUGGAACUACUUUGGUACAGAUGAGAAACUGGGGCCCGUGGCUCUGAGCAUUCGCAGAGAGAAACUGGACGAUACCAAAGAUUUAAAGGACCAGUUCCAGUUCCGGAUCAUCUUUCGCACCAGUGAGCUGGUCACGAUGCGGGGAUCAAUUCUGGAGGAUGCGGUUCUGUCCACAGCAAAGCAUGGAACUGUUCGUGGCCUGCCUCUCAAGGAAGUUCUGGAGUAUGUGCUGCCAGAGCUCAGCAUGUCCUGCUUGCGACUGGCUCUCAACACGCCAAAAGUCACAGAGCAGCUUCUCAAACUGGAUGAGCAGGGGCUGAGUCAUAAACACAAAGUGGGCAUCCUACUGUGUCGGGCGGGACAGAGCACAGAGGAGGAGAUGUACAACAACGAAGAGGCUACGCCAGCUUUCACUGCCUUCCUGGAGCUGCUGGGAGAAACUGUGUGUCUGAGGGGUUUCGACAAAUAUGCUGCCCAGCUAGAUACCAAAACGGACUCAACUGGAACAAACUCCCUGUAUACCACCUACCAGGACUAUGAGAUCAUGUUUCAUGUGUCCACCAUGCUUCCAUACAUGCCCAAUAAUCCUCAACAGCUCCUGAGGAAGAGGCAUAUAGGAAAUGAUAUAGUCACUAUUAUAUUCCAGGAGCCAGGAGCUCAUCCGUUCACUCCACAGAAUAUUCGCUCUCACUUCCAGCAUGUGUUUGUCAUUGUCCGUGUGCACAACCCUUGCUCUGACAACACAUGCUACAGUGUUGCAGUGACGCGCAUGAAGGACGUCCCCCCAUUUGGCCCACCUCUCCCUUCAAAUUACAUGUUCCGUGACACCACCGCCUUCCGCACCUUCCUGCUCGCCAAGGUCAUCAACGCUGAGAAUGCUGCACACAAAUCGGAGAAGUUUCAUGCCAUGGCGACCCGCACACGCCAAGGCUACCUGCGUGACCUGGCGGAGAACUGUGUUUCUACUACACCACUGGACACUUCAGGCAAGCUGAACAAUCUCAUCUCCUUGGCCUCCAAACGCAAGGAACGUGUACGAGCACGGGAGGGGGCUGAGAUGGGUGCUGCAGGGGCACUUGUUUGGCGCGUACUUGCUCAGGACUUCAGUGGCGGAGGUGCCGAGCUGCCUUGUGCACUGGCCAUCUCAAAUGAGUAUGUAGUACUGGCAGACUGCUCCACCAAAGAGGUGGUUUUUAACUGUUUCUGUGCCGAUGUGAUUGGCUGGACAGCAGAGAGAAUUGUGCUGAAGAUUUUCUAUGGCAGAGGAGACCACGUGGCCUUGAGGGUGCCUGAGUGCAGUGCCCAAGAUAUCAGAGAAGUGGUGCAAAGACUUAAGGCAUUGACAGUAGGUUGUGAAACGGUUGAUAUGACGUUGCGACGUAAUGGGUUAGGCCAGCUUGGUUUCCAUGUGCGUCUGGAUGGAACAGUGUCUGAGGUGGAGGAAUAUGGUUUCGCCUGGCAGGCGGGACUCCGGCAGGGCAGCCGAUUGGUAGAGAUCUGCAAGGUUGCUGCAGUCACACUCUCCCAUGAUCAGAUGAUUGACCUUCUGCGGACGUCUGUCACUGUAAAAGUGGUCAUCAUUCCACCUUACGAAGAGGGAGGGGCGCGCAGGGGCUGCACGGAGGAGUACGAGAUGAAAAUGAUGGAGCAGAAGGGAGAAGCGGAGCCAGUGGUUGCAGGGUAUUGCAGUGGACAGCGAAACCCAGUAUGGCGCUGGGACAGCCCCCCUGGUACACACAGCUCCGCCCAGCAUUGGACCCCCAGCGGACCCCCACCGACAGUCCCCAGCCGCACACAAAAAGCUCUGGUUCCCAUCCCUUACAGAGAGCCUCAACACAUCUCUACUAAAAGACCUGUCAGUUACCCAGAGAACCAUUACAGUGUGUCGCCAGUUGGCGGGGACAGAAUGUUGGCGUACAGAAACCCUUCGGCUAGUUUCUCCAGUCCAAGCUCUGUGUUCAGCUCCACCGCACUUGGGGUGCCGGGACUCAGCGGACCAUUUGUACGCUAUAAACCCUCUCCAGAAAGGUUUGGAUCAGGCCAGCGUUCUCUUCAGCCUUUCGACCCUCAUGUUACUGUUGAUGUUUCGAGUGGAGAAUCAUCAUCUGGCUUCACUAGCCAAGAGAGCACAAUGGAGCGCAACAAGUCGGAGCCCAUGUGGCAUGUGCCUGCCUCAUCGCGAGGUGUGUCAGCGGGCUCUGCUCAGAGAAGACAGGCCCGGCAGGACGUUCCAGGAAAGGACUCUCCAAACCGCCACUCAAAGGGUGAGGCACACUACUCCAGUCACUCUAGCAGUAACACUCUCUCCAGCAAUGCUUCCAGCAGUCACAGUGAUGAGCGCUGGUUUGAUGGGGUGGGAGGUGGGGUUUCCGGUACCCUGAGUGACCCCUCAGAUCCUGACCCCAUGGGCAAAGGAGGGUCUAGUGACAGUGGCAUUGAUGCAUCUCUCUACAUGCCCAGCCCCAACACUAAAGGAGCCAAGCCCAGCCAUAGUCAUGCAGGAACUCCCCAUAAACCCUUAAAUAACUCUACUACAUACAGUGGCCUGCAGGAUCUGUCAGGUACAGGAGGGAGGGCCACAUUGGAGGCUCAGUCAUCACCCGUCAUUCCUGCCUCAGCCAGUCAAAACAAGAACUAUCACACACGCACGUUCCCCCCUCCGGGAUCGGCCAAUGUAGACAACAUCAAACCAAGGGCCUGUUAUACCCCUCAAGGGUAUAAGACCCCUGCUGUGGCUGAUAAAGCCCGGCCUUUCAGAGCAUCAACAGUCACACCCACAUCAGGCUCCACCCAGCUGUCAAGCUCUGCCCCCAAGUCUUUUAGUAAAAGCAAACAUAGUGCAUGGCAACUGGAGGAAAGCAACUCUGCAUCAAGCAACACCACCAACACUGAAAGCAUCAACAGCAAGCAGGUGGAUAUGAACAGUAAGAACGUGUUUGGAGAGCCUCGAUUACGAGCCUCUCUGAGGGACUUGCGCUCUCCACGCAAAUCUCAUAAGAGCACCAUUGAGGACGACUUAAAAAAGCUCAUCAUCAUGGACAACCCUGUAGAGACAUCAUCACGGGAAGCGUCUCCCCAUCGGACCCUGCAACGCACUUUCUCAGAUGAGAGUCUGUGUAGUGGACGGAGAGAUGCUAGUUAUGCAUGCACGCCUCACUUUGAAGGACAGGUCCCACCAAGUGAUCUUCUCUUCACCUGCACGCUGCCUAUACGUCGCCAUGGCCAAAGCAACAUGCAUGGAGCCCUCAUGCCCAGUAAGAAAGUACCGUUAUCUGCAUCAGAGUUGUCUCUGACUGAGGUGAGGGAUAAGGUGCCGCCUCUAAGAAGACUGGACCCUGGACUCAUGCCCCUCCCUGACACUGCUUGUGGCCUGGAGUGGUCCAGCCUCGUCAAUGCAGCCAAAGCUUAUGAAGUUCAAAGAGCUGUUUCUUUAUUCUCAUUGUCUGAGUCUCAUGCGGGCGGCAAUGAGUUGAGGCCCGUCAUCAGCCCGGUGCAUUACCACAAGCCACAGACUCCACGCACCACCCCUACUUUCAGCAGUGAAGAGCCUCCUAAUGACCUGUCAGGGCGUCUGAAUCAUCUGGAAGUUAUGCUGAAACAGCUAAACAAUGAUCUGGAAAAAGAGAAACAGGACAAGGCAGCAUUAUUAGCAGAGAUGGCUAAUCUGAGGCACAAUAACCAACGUCUGCAAGAGGAAUCUCACUCAGCUAGUCAACAGCUCCGCAAAUUUAGCAAACUCUUAUCCUCUGCCAUUCCCGAAAGGAAAUAAAUGUCUCGCCCUCUCUUUGCGAACAUAGUGCAUCUUAAACGAGAAGAGAAAUUCCCAGACCUGUACUUUGCCAUUUGGUGCGUUUUGUGCCAACCGCUAAUCAAAUUCACAGUUUCUUAUUGUCCAGUACAUCCCUGUUCACCCUCAUCCAAAGUAGACAUUCAGUGGUGAGCGUCUGCCAGCUUAAUCUCUCUUACAUCUGACACUACACACAAAACUGUGAGCUUUAUCAAAGUGUGAAGAAGAGAGACAGAGAAUUAUGCGGGUCUGCCUGUUGACUUGAUACUUCAAAGCUUUAACUGAAAGCCGGCACAGAAGUAAACAUUAUAUUUUUUAAAAACAAACACACAAAAUGAGUCCUACCUUGAAAAAAGAUUCACAUCAAAAAUAGCACUCUGAUCUGUUCCUUUCGGAACUAGUUUCUCAUUGUAGAUUUAUUUUUGUAAUCAAUAAGUCAAAAGACGACACUUAAGCUUGAGCCAGUAGAACAGAGAGACACUAGAAAUCUGAGGGCCUAUUUACUGCACAAUCACCUCAACAGCCAAAAAAACCCAACAUGCAUCAGAAAAGCAUACCUACAAAAAAUCUACACUUGAGCCAUGUGAGAGACCUUGUGUUAAGACUACCUUUCCACAUAUGCAAUAGGAGCAUGUUAAGGGAAAACAUGGUACUGUAAUUUUGAGGAGAGGUACAAUGCUCUGGGAUUGACUAGCAGUAAUAUGCAUCAAUAAGGAUAAAUUAUGAAUCACAUACUUGCAUGUGCUGGUACAUUAAAGAGUCCAGUCACCCAAAAACAAAAAUUAUGUCAUCAUUUACUCACUCUCAUGUUGUUCCAAACCUGUAAGACUUCUGUGGAACACAAGAGAUGUUAGGCAGAAUGUUAGAGACUGACCGCCUCGGUCACUAUUCACCUUUUGGAAAACAACAGUAAAUGAUGACAGAAUUUUCAGUUUUUGGUGAACUAUCCCUUAAAAAAAGUAAGAAUAAAUGGAUUUUGUGAUUUCAUAUUUUGUUUACAUACUUUCAACUGCUCAGAACCUUGCUCUGUGAAAAAUAAUAAUAAUUGCAAUCUGGCAUUACUUCUGUAAUUUAAUCAUGUGCAGAAUAUGAAUAACUAAUAUCUAUAAUUCAAUUUUCACUAGUUAAAAUGCUAAUUCUUGAUAUCAGUAAUUAGGUUUAAUUACAGGUUUAAAGCACUGCUUCAGUCGGUUGGUUACUUUUUAUUGUAUUAAUUGUUGCUGUCAUUAUGGUUCUAAAUUAAAAUGAUUUGUCUUUACUCAUACCCACUCAAAAACAACUAUAUACAUGCCUAGGAAAGUAACUAGCAUAGAAAACACUAAUAUUGUUGUUAUUGGGGUUUUUUAUGCAGUGAAUGAUGAUAAAAACUGUUAGCAUCCAUUGCCAGAUUCCUUAGAGACGUUUAGUAAUGUAGUUGUUCAUAAGGUGAUUUUUAUCAAGCUUUUAACUGCUAAUAGCUAACAUUACAUGUCUCAUCUCCCCACCAUAAUUUAAUUUAAAAAAAAUUAAACCCUUAAAAAUGAUUAAAAUCUAUGUACAAUACAUGUUGGAAUUUUUAUGGUAAGUUCCUCUGGUGUUUAGGAAUAUGUCAAAUCCAUCAAAAAGGGUGGAAAGUUGGUCAAACCUUACGUAGUGCCUGCUGCUCUGCAUAUCCUUCUAAAGGACAGCAAUGUUAGUGGUUGAAAUUUUCUUUGUGAAUCACAAAAGGAGAUGGUGAGCAGAAUGUUAGCCUCAGCCAACAUUCACUUUUAUUGCAUUUCCCCCCAUACAAUGACUGAAAUGGUUUUGUGUUUCACAGAAGAAAAAAAGUCAUACUGGUUUGGAAGAAUGUGCAUUUUACUAGUUGUAAUUCAAUUGAUAAUGUCAGGAAUGGACAUUUUCACUAGUAACAAUGUAAUAAUUUAUAUUAGAAUUAAUAAUAAUAAUCGCCUAAUAUGUGUAUUUUUUAUUUUAACUAGUAAUAAAUUAAUUAAUUCUAUUAAAAUUAUAGAUACCUGUAAAUUAAUUUUUAACAGGAGUGAAUAACAAAACAUUGUGAAAUUCUACUAGUAGUGAUGCAGUUAGUCAUACUGGUUUGGAACAACAUGAAUGUGAGUAAGUAAUGACAUCAUUUUCAUUUUUGAGUGAACUAUCCCUUUAAAAGUACAUGUGGCACAUUUCAGCACUGUUUUUGUGAUCCUGUCACAAUUGAAUUCCGGCUUUGAAAAUAGCCUAUUUUAGACUUUAUUCACAUUCAAUUACAGAUAUCGAAAAUUACGGCUUUUACUUGAGAUUAUAUUUUUGAAAUGAAGAACGGGUAUUUCCGUGAGUAAUAGCAUAAUCUUUACUAGUGCAUUUACUAAAACCGUGAAUUUACAUUUUAACUAGUACAAAUAUAAUUGCUGAUAUCUAUUCAUAUCCUGCACGUUAUUAAAUGUUGAAAGUGCUUGCGAAAUGUAGUCGUCUCAACUGAUUUAUCGUAAGCAUUCAACGCUUCAAAAGUGCUAAUUCCUACUACACCAAACACAGACUCUUUAAAAACCUUUGCGUUUGUAAACAUGCAAUCUCAUAGGUAUUAUACGGACUGAAACUACGCUGCAAUAAUGGCUCUGUAGACCUCCACUCCACCAAUCUCUAGUUUUCAAUGAAGAUUCAGAAAAAACCAAGAGAAGGAGAUUCCCCACCACUUACAAAUAAUUUAAUGGAAAAGAGGUGACCAGUGACAGCAACCGCUACUAAACUGUGAUGUUACACCCAAGUCUUGGUCAUUUCCUCUGUGCAUGGACAUCAGUCAGCCAUUAAGUGAUAGUCAUGUGACAGGAAAUUUAAUUUGCUCUUAAUGUAUUGUUUUGGCAUAGCACUGUGUGUAAACUGGGGCUGUUCUGUUACAUUUAGACACUGUAUAUCUAUAUGCAAACCCAACACUUAAGAAAAACUUCUAGUUAGUUGUGUUCCAUACAGACUCUAUUUUUCUAUAUGUAUUGUUUUUAGUUUAGGUGUAUUAGGUGAAAUGACUGUUGGCAGUAGAUAGAUGGAUCAUCAUGUUUACAUACUAAAAGACCUCUUUAUCCUUCACACUGUUGGUGACUAUGGGAAAUCUUCAAGAACCCUCUGUUUUUACCCAUUUAUAGUUUGAGAAAUAACUGGAAUAACAAUCAGGAAGGAUCUAAUGUGGUUUAUCAUGUACCCCAUGCUAAUUCUGUACAUGUCUGCCUUAAAAGUGGUCAGGGAGUCCAACUUUGACCGGUGAUGUGAUUUGUAACAACUCUCACCAUCCCUUUAACAUGAUCCAACUGGAAAAUAUAUCUUCUCUUCUCUCAGGACCCAUAAACUGCCCUCUCAAUGAUCUGAUCUAUUCCUUUGAACUCAACUAUUUAUUAAUGUCAACGCAAAAGCACUGCUUCAGUCGGUUACCUUUUAUUUUAUUAGUUGUUGCUGUCAUUAUGGUUCUAAAUUAAAAUUAUUUUGUCUUUACUCAUUCAUGCAUUCAUUACAGGAUUCCUUAGAGACAUUUAGUAAUGUAGUUGUUCAUAAGGUGAUUUUUAUCAAGCUUUUAACUGCUAAUAGCUAACAUUACAUGUUUCAUCUCCCCACCAUAAUUUAUUUAUAUAUAUAUAUAUAUAUAUUAGCAGUUAAAAGCUUGAUAAAAAUCACCUUAUGAACAACUACAUUACUAAACGUCUUUGAGGAAUCCGGCAAUGAAUGCUAAAAGUUUUUAAAGUUAUUCAAAUCUAUUUACAAUACAUUUUGGAAGAUUUUGUUAUACGGAAUCAUCCAUAUUGUUAUGAUGAGCUUGUUUGUCCCCCUCUUUUAUUUAUAUAUAUAAUUUUCUUUCAGAUUCUCAUUGCUGUGACUACAGAAACUAAACUUUUUUUUUUCUCUCUGUCAAUGAAGUUGGAGGUUUUUGGCUCAGUGUCUGAAUCAGUUCUGGAUGUCAUAUCUACACCAUGGAUUGUCUUAUGAUUUCUGUUUGAUAUUUGGGUGGAGGUGAUUUUAAUUAAGUUUGUUCUUUUUUAAAAAGCUAAAUAUAAGUAAUAUACUUGUGAAAACCUCAAUGUGCAUCUGUGUUGCGCAUUCAUAAAUCAUAGCAAAUUAUAUAGUUCAUCUGUAAUAUUUGAAGGUUUAUUUUGUGUAAUAUUUUGACUAUUUAUUUAGAUUUUUUUUUUUUAUCAAAAUCCAUAAAGACGUAAAUUCUAGGUGAAAAUGCAAGAUUACAGAUUUGAUAACAUUAUUGGAGGGUACUGAGUUUAUAUAUUCUUUAGUCUGUCCUUUUUAUUAUGUUUGAUUCAUGAUUCUUUUGUACAAAGCUGAUUUAUUUUCUUUUAUUUCUUACUAAAUUUCAAGUCUUAUUUUGUCUAUGUUUUCCAUUAGCUUUAUGCAUGAGACAGUGGCUCCAAUGCCUGGAUUAACUAUUGAUAACUGAUCAAUCUUUCAGUUUUCUUUUGGGGAUGUUGUAUCAAUGAGUGUACAUUUAAUAAUUGUAAAUUAUGUUUUAAUUAUUUUAUAUAAAAUAUAUUAAAAUAUUUCAUAA